AUGCAAAAACUGACGGAGCGCAUAGACGAUCUGAAGCAAAGAAUCGCUGCUUGGGGAAAGCGGAUUCGGCGUUAUACCGAGAGGUCGACACGGUUCAACCAGAAUCGUCUCUUCCAGAGUGAUCAGAAGAGGCUCUAUAAAUCAUUGGAGCGUCCAAUAGUAAGUGGAACGGGCCCAGCACCAAAUCAGGCCGACACGGUCGCAUUCUGGCGCAGCCUGUGGUCAGAGCUCAUAAACCACAACGAGGGCCCUUGGACGGAAGUUGUGGCGAAUCAGUGUGCGGGUAUUACGUCUAUGGACCCCGUCAUCAUAACGCUGGAUGACGUAGCUGAGGCGGUCCGUAGGGCCCAGAACUGGAAAAGUCCGGGGCUUGACGAGCUGCAUCACUACUGGCUGAAGGGGUUCAAGUCUAUGAAAAUGGUCGGAAAUUAUCACCUAGCUAGCUCCUAUUAUGGUUUACAUACUAAUCUAUCAGUUUCCGGUGAAACCGCCCAAAUAGGAAAGUUGGUUAGAGAUUAUGAUGUAGAAAAAGAAAGAUAUUAG